UUUUUGAAAUGUUUGUGGAAUGAAAAAUCAUUCGCCAUGCAAGAGAUCAUAUACAAUUUUAUUCAUUAUCUUGGCAAAUGGGAGGAAGGAGUGAAAAUCAGAAAAUGCGAUUUUCUCCGAAAUUCGAUUUCAUAUGGAUUGCAAAUUUUUUUAAAUAUCAACGCUUGAAAUUUUUAAUUUUUGUGUGGAAGAAUGCGGGUUUGUCUAUCUGAUGACUGCAAGACUAAAUCAAGAUAGCUUGAAGUGGUUCUUUAUGCUAAUAAAGGAUUGUUGUGGAUUCAGUGAACAUCCUGAUUCAAUAAUUUUCAUUCAAAUGUAUCGCUUGGUAUCAACUUACUCCUUGGUGAAACCUCCCAAAGGUUGCAACAUAUCUGGGGGAGAAAUAUUGGACGUUCUCCUCAAUUUAAAAGACACUAAUAAUGUUGAUGAUCGAUGGGAAAUUUCGACCGGAAAGAUAGACACUAUAAUUGAUCAAGGGAUAAAUUAUGAUCACCUUGAAUGUGUUGCAAAAGUAUUACAGGAUCACGAUUUUUUUCCACCACUUCAGAUUAUGUUUUGA